GAUUAAAGUCCCUGAGGACGGCCAGAGUUGUCCAACCCAGAAUGGUACUCACCAUAGAACCUGGAGUGUAUUUCAUAGAUGUGCUGUUAGAUGCAGCCCUUAACAACCCUGAGCAGUCCCAGUUCAUGUGUCGUGAGAUGAUAGACCAAUACAGGGGAUUUGGAGGGGUUCGUAUAGAGGAUGAUGUAGCAGUCAGAGAAGACGGGAUGGAACUACUGACCUGUGUCCCCCGAACCGUGGAGGAGAUUGAGAGUCUGAUGGCCGAGGGGAAACAGCGACCCCAAAUCCCCCUCCCACAGGAAGUGAAGUCAUAAUCAGCUGACUGAGGGGAGACAACUCCCCCUGAUCCUCCUACCACAGGAAGUGAAGUCAUAAUCAGCUGUUUUCAGUAGACUUACAGUGUACCCAUAC